CUUCCUCUGUUAUCCUCUAAUACCCAGAGGUCCUUACCCAUUGUCUUCUUCCUUUCUCCGGUUAUUAUCAAUGUCUGAGUUUCCGGCCAGAUCGGAAUAAAAAAGGUGAGCCCUUUCUCCGAUAACUUGACCUCUCUCGGAAUGUUCGCCCCAUCGCCUUUAACUCUCAACCUUGCCCAUUUUAGGUGUUUUUUUAGAAGACGUUUCUUCCUCCAUUUCUAACCAUCCACCACAUUGGUCAUCAAUGGUUUUGAAAGCAUUCUCAGUCCAUAGAUGCAAAGGGAGGCCCACAACUCUUAUCCAGGUAGAGUUUGGCACUGAGUGCAGCAUCCCACUAUUGGUGUCCACCAUUGAAGAUGGAGUUUCAGCUGUUUCCACAUCCAGACUCCAUGAAGAACAUGUUCUGCCAUGUGUUUGUUAGGGAAUUCAAAGAGGAAGGAGCUUCCACCCAUUACGUAAAUGUUGACCCCAAAUGCCUUCUUCCAUGAAUUAACGGCCCACCUUCUGAUGUCUGAAAGAGUGGGUGUUUCUUCUCCUCUGCACCAAAGCUUCCAACCAAGCACCUGCCCAGUACACCUUGUUGUAGCUCCGUGUCAACCACUGAGGAUUCAAGAUCUGCUAGUUGUAACAAUGUCGUCUUCAUAUCUACCUGCAACCACAUAUUCACUAGCUCAGGUUUCUGAGGCUACAACCCCAUCUGAGGCUAUCUCCAUUCUCUACCGCAUCCUUGAGAACCCUUCAUCAUCUUCCGAGGCCCUAAGGAUCAAAGAGCAGGCAAUCUUCAAUCUCUCUGACCUCUUAAGUCAAGAGAAGUGGGCUGAGGAUCUCCAAAAGCUUCUCGUCCAGUUGCGGCCCUUCUUCUCUUUAAUACCCAAGGCAAAAACAGCCAAAAUUAUUAAUAAAGAAAUUGUCGAUGCAGUGGCUAAAAUACCGGGUACAUCUGACCUUCAGAUUACAAUUUGCAAAGAUUACACUUUUCUUUCCUGGUAUUUAUACCCCUGCAAUUUCAUUGUCUUUGCACCUUGCAGAAUGAAGGUUAGCUAGUUUGAUGGAGAUAAUGAAAGUUUAGAGAGAAAAUUUGGGAUUAAAGCGGAACAAAAUUUUGUGAGCCAAGAUACCAAACAAGCAGUGGACACGAAUGUAAAAUCAGCAUGAACCUUUAAAGCUACUAUACCAACACAUUCAGAAGCAAUAUAACAACAUCAUCCUCUGCAUUCUUGUACACUGCCAAUGUUAAAAUGCACCAACCAUCUAUAUUCUACAAAUAAAAGGACACAAGUAUGCAGUAGGCCAAUUGAUACAUUUUGAAAGGAAAAAUUGAAGCUAGGUCUCCAUCCUGACUUGAACAAAAUCAAAGUAAAAUUAAACAUGGAAACCAAUCAACUAUUGCAUCAGCUUCAGAAAGCUUCACAGCUUCUAGAGAGUAAAUGGCCAAUGCCCACCAACAUUGAUGAAAACUUGAAGAUUCAUAAGACCGCUGAAUAGGCGGUCAACGUAUUUAAGCAUUCAUAAAAUUCUUGAAAUUAAACCACGUUAACUAGACCUUACACCCCAAUUGUUGAAAAGCACAAUCUGGUGAUAAAAUUUUUAUCUUUUAUGGCCCUAUCCUAUUUCUGUAAAAAAAACAGCAAUAGCAAGUCCUCAAUCCUAAACUAGUUAGAACUGGCCUUGUGAUUCCUAAACAUCCAUUCCAUUUUGAUCAGUUUCAUUCAAAAAGAGGAUAAACCUUCUCCGCAUGUUCUGUGACUUCAUUUUUUCAUGUUUUGAGUGGAAACAUACUGUUCAACAGUUCAAUUAAUAUUUUGUAUCAUGUUUCUUGCGUUACGCUAGAUGGAGAUCUUUUGCAAUUAAAUGUGCAGGCAAAUAGAGGAAUAUACACGUCUAAUCGCAUUAAUUAAAGCCCAGAUCAAGAUGGUUUGUGAAGGGAUACGUGAGUUGCUCCAGCUUCCAGAAAAGCGAGCUUACUAAGAUGUAUACGUCUUAAAUUGAGAGAUGGAAUUGUUCAAAUUUACUGUCCAAGGAAUGACGACAUAUUUUGUUGAGAUACAGUAACAUGGGCAUUUAUAAUUUGUAGUAUGUCUUUUUUUCCUUAUAGUAUAGGACAAGAAAGCUUUUAGU